AUGGCUACAUCGCCCCUCCUCCCUGAAGAGGGUAACGGCACGGACCCCAACCUACUGCUCAAUAACAUUGGCCGGGUGCUGUACAACCGGCAAGCGAUAACAUGGCCAGCGAGUUUCGACACAAACUUCACCGUCCUCAUCCGCAAGCGCGCCAACGCGAGCAACUUCGGGGACGGCAUGGCGUUCGUGAUGACCACCGACAUGCGACAGAGCCCCCCGGAAAGCUUCGGUGGUUUCUUAGGACUGUUCGACCAUAGUACGAAUGGUGAGCCACGGAAUCCCUCCCCUCUGCUUUUGAUGCCAAUCAAAUAUUAGGGCUCCGUGUCCAAGGCCUGCCUCUUUGAGCCUCCACACUUCCGCGUCGUUCCAUGACUCGAUCCAAAAACCCAAAUUAACAUACUUGUUUUUUAUAAUUUCAAACAAAAUGGGUCAAAAAAAUAAAAUUACUUUUUUAUAUACUUGUAAUAUAUUUUCAACAAGAACAAUAAAUGAAAUCAACAAGUUGCUGCCCCUAACUCCCACCUUCACUUAAUUUUGAUAGUCGUGAACUAAAGGAGCUUGGAGCUGGAAUGGAAACUAGGAAUUAUUUGGCCUUCCACCUCCCUUUAUUAGCCCCAAAGUCGAUAGCAAUACAUGGAACCUCAAAUUCAACUUCUUUUAGGUGACUUGAAAACCGGCAGCCGCGCGCGCCGGCGCGUGCCGCGGCGCACGGCGCGGCGCGGCACGGCUGUGGCGCACGUGCCACGCGUGCGCACGCCGCCGGGGGCCACCGGGCGACCCCUAAAGGCACGUGCCGCCCGCCACAGCGCCCGGCGGGGGCUCGCGAAGGCAACACGACGCCGGGCGCGCCGGCGGAGCCCGACGGUUCUUAUCCUUCCCACACCUACCCAAAGCCGGAUCCCCACAAAUGCAACGCGUGGACAUAAAACGACCCAGGACCAGGCCACUUUUUUGGCGCGCCCGCGUGCGCCGCGGCGCACGGUGCUGGCUGGUCGGCCGGCUCUGCCGUGCCACGUGCCGGGGCGCUCGCGAACCUGUUCUACUGUCCAUAGAAAUAUUUCUCAUGUUGGAUCUCAGUCGAGGCAAGUGGAUAGGCCAUCUACCCCCUGACCCUGCAGAGGCGCCGGACCGAGGCGGAGCCAGAACGCACGAGCCGUCCUUCACCUGGCACGGGGCCCGUUCUCGCCGCGCACGCCGGCGUGCGCCGCGGCACGUGGACCCGGCAGGUCGGGCGCCCCACGCGGGGAGAGCGUGCCAACCUGUUCGGCGGCACCCCCUGACCCUGUAGAGGCGCCGGACCGAGGCGGAGCCAGAACGCAUGAGCCCCCACCACGGACCGAGGCGGCACUUCGGACCCAACCUGCUGCCAUGGACCGAGGCGGCAGGUUGGGUCCAGAACCAGAAUGCAAGAAGUUCCUCUCCUCGCUUGGGUGACUUAGUCGUUGUAUAGUAAAUCAUGUAAAUUUAAAAUUAUAAAACUAGAAAAUAUAAAUUUUUAGAUAUUUAGAAGUAUUUCUAAACAAAUAUAUCAAUUAUAAUUCAAUAAAAAUUUCAAAAAUAGUAGUAAUUUUCUAAGUUGAUCACAGAGAUAUAAUAUAAUAUCUGGUAAUUAUUCAGAAUUUUUUUGUAAAGAAUACUAUUUUCUAUAAAUUUUAUACUAAAAAAUGAAAAUAAAAUAUAAUUAAAAUUCACAAAAAAGAGAAAUAAGGGUGCAGAUGUCAAGAUGACAUCAGCGCUUGGUGAACACGAAUCGGGCGAAAAUAGAGUUCCACCCGACAAUUCUUACGUAAGCGAUUAGAGACGAUUUAAUUGAUCAAAUUAAGAUCUAUAAAAGUCGAAAUAAUCAUAAUUAAAUGAAGUAUAUGUUACUAAAUUUAAAAUUAACAAAUUAUCACUAAAUAAAAUGAAAAUUAAGUUGAAAGCAGAAAAGUAAAGUUCUAGUGUCGUGGCGGCCAUGUAUCAGUGAUGCACCAGAAUCCUAAGCAUUUGGAAGGAUGGUCGUGUAGUGUCUAUGGCCUCGAAAGCUCUCCUUGGAAAAAGAUGACGUGGGCAAUCUCUAGAUCUCCUUACAAAGUCUAGAGAUUAAUGAAAUGGGUCAUCAAAUCGUCUUUGGUGGCUAUUACCUAGUAGAGUGAAAAAAUGAUAACUUUGCAGCUCUUUAGUGGCUGUCACUCGAUAGAGAAGAGCUGAAUAGAGGUGGGGCGUGUGUCAAGGAGCUUCAUCCUCAAGUCCGUUCAGCAAGAGGAGGCUCUUCAUAGUAUUUGGUAUGCUCUUAGGAGGUGGCGACUCAUCUGCUGGCAUAUUGUCCUCUUCUUGACGAUAGCUUGUUCGUCGAUCAAUCAGAGAUACUUUACUCAAUAGAUUUACGAUCCUUUUAUCACGAAUCAUUCAAUAAUUUUAAUAACAAUGCUCUGCGAAUUGUAUUGACGAGAUUUUCGCCAAUGAUCUAGCAAUUCUGGUUGCUUAAUCCUUCAUUGGUGAUCUGUAGGAAAGUCGCGAUAAUCUGAUAAAAAAUAUAAAUUUUGACUCUAAGAGGAUUCGAACCCACACUAGCUGUCCAUCCUUUUUGAGGAGGGUGUGACAUGGGUUUAGUCCCACAUUGAUUGUGGGCCGAAGUUUUUGAUGAAUAUAUAGUAAUAUCAUAUUUUUGAUCAAGUUCCUUUCUUACGUGUAUAUGACCAUUCCUUGCCCCACAAUUGGCUGGCCACCAGUGACGUGGAAGGGGGGUGACACAUACGUGCCCCUAUUGGUCCAAGCCGCUCAAGCCCCUGCUCAUGGCUACUCCCUAAUUGCGCUUCCGACUCGUUUGCAGGCUUGAUUGGCUGGCUCCCAUUUUGUCUUAUUUUAAUUUUAAUUUCUUUUUCUUCAUUUAUCUCAAAAGUAAAACUAUAAAAAUCAUAUAAAUUUGUAUAAAAUCACAUAAUUACCUAAAAAUUUACGUUAAUCAACUGAAAACCACUUUUCACACUUUAACACAAAUAUAAGUCUAUUUGUCAUGAGUUAAGGCUAUAAACUAUAUUAUUUACUAAUUAUUAACUCAUAAUAAUGAAGACUUAUCAAAGAGGUGCUAUUUUUCAUGAAACUUUCUAUUUUAUUUAUGUAAUUGUUUCGAUUUUAGGGCUCAAAGGAGACAUGAGAAAUUUCUAACUAAUAAUUGUGAGCAGCUGAAAAUUUCGAUCUAGGUUUGAUGAAGUUACGGCCACAUGGUAGGGAACACCACAAGGCAACUGGCCAUGGAGAUCGACACCUUAUGGAACAAGUACGAUACUGCCAACUACCACGUUGCUGUUGACAUCAGUAGCAUCAUCUCUAAUGUCACUGCCCCUCUUAGCGACGCCAACAUCGAGCUGAUGAAGGAGAAACCAGUGAUAUACAAGGUAAAUUACGUUGGGUGGAUGAAGAACCUCGAGGUCUCGGCAGGAUAUGCCGACGAGGUACCCCUCAAGAGCAUUGUCAACUUCUCUAUCGUCAUCGCUCAGAUAAAUCCCAUCUACGUGGGUUUCACUGCGGGAUCGGGUCCCUCAUCCAAUUACAGCGAGAGCAUCCAGAUUCUCAACUGGAACUUCUCCUUCACCCUGCUGCCAGACUGGUCUCUUGAGGAGCCUGGCAAUAGGAAGAGAGAAAGAAGGUUACACACCAUUCUCACAAUCAUCCUUUCAACUAUUGUGGGUGUUCCUUUGCUUGGGAUACUGAUCCUAUUAGGGUUGAGGAGGGUGCAAAAGUGGAGGAGGUGUAAGCAGCAUGAGGCUUUAUUGGAGAUGAAGGAUAUAGUAUCAAGUCAAUAG